AUGCCUCCCAAACGCCGCCAACCCCACCCCCCAGACCGGGGCCCAGAACCCGACCUCAACGAAGAACAACAACAAGCAGAAGCACAAGAAGAAGGCGAAGAAAACCACUCCGACUCCGACGCCGCCUCCAACCCCGACUCACCCCUCCCCCGCCUCCCCUUCUACAACACCACCUUCUCCGUCCACCGCCUCUCCUCGCUCUAUCUCGGCGCCGAACCCCUGACUCCCAGCCGCCUGCAGCUCCUCGCCCAGCGUCUGCGCGACAGCCUCGUGGGGGACGUCAUCCGUGGCGUGCACGUCGGUACGGCGGCGUCGGCGGCGGCGGGUGAUGAUGAGGGGGGUUCGGUGGUGGGUAGGGCGGGGGCACUGGAGAGGGUGGAUGUGGCGUGGGUUAGGGUGGGGGAUGUGUUGGGGUUUGAGGGGGGGGAGGGGGAGGGAGGGGGUAGUGGUGAGGGAGAGGAUGGGGAGGGGUGGCGCCAGCUAGUGCGGGGGCUGCAGGGGAAGAAGGCGCUGCAUAUCUCGCUGCAGUAUGAGAUGGCGUCCUGCACUGCGUUGCUGCUGCCUCCGUUGGCGGGAGAUGGGGAGAAUGGGUUGGAUAAGCCGGAGAUGCGGUUUUCCGUCGGCGGCGGUCAGAGCCGCGGUGACGAGGAUAACAUGGACUGGGAACACUCGGCCGAUCCAUCCCAUUUUCUCUCCUUACCUCUCCUCCUCGUACGCAUGCCGCCACCGCUGAAGGCUAUCGUCGGCGAAUUUUUGUCGACAACCUUUGACUGCCGCGUCAGCCCCAUGCGAUUGGGUACGCGGAGUUUGAUGGGCAUCUGGGAGGCGUGGAUCAAGUCAGCCGGUAUGCCGUCCCGAGGGUCCCUUGCCAGGGAUCUGGUGCUUACUCUUGGGUUUCAUGUCCCGCCACCCGAACCUACGCCGGCACCUUCAAAGGAGGAAGUUACGGCGGAGCAGCAUCCCCCCUUGGGUCUCAAGUCUAUCGACGUCAUUAUUCCCGCUGCAGCACUGCCGAGGUUUGUGGAUGUGGGCGAACGCGCGGCCACAACACAGGGGAAGCAAGCAACUUCACCAGCAAGAUGGGGAUGGGAAGGUGACUUGAGAAAACGAAGGAGAUUGGCGGGGCGCUUGUACGAAGAGGGAUGGGAGUGGCGGGGCGAGUCGCGAGAGAAUGGGGGUUCUCCGAGUCCCCAGCCGUUCACCGAGGCGUUGGCCUACUACGUAAAGGAGCACCUUGCACUGAAUCUUUUUCACCCAGGCGUCAGGGUUAUUAAGAUUGCCUGCGGUGGUUUUGCCAUGUCCGAAUCACGGCUGAAGCUGUUCGCGCCAUCGGGAUCAGGGGCUGGCGAGGACGAGGGUUUGCCCCUCCUCGCGCACAAGGGCGCCGUCUUGGAGCUACUCGGCAGCCUGGUCGGGAAAGCUCAACUCCAACCAGUGACUUUAUAA